AUGGCCGCAGCGGAGGGCGAGGCUCUGGUAUCGAAUAAGGCUACCAUAUUCGAAGCUUCCAAAGAGUGUGAAGUGCUUUUCGAAGAAUGUCUUCAACUCCCCGAUAUGUUUGAAAAUACUUGGGUACUGAACCAAUCAGCAAGUUUCAGAUUAUGGGUGGAAUCCAUUGGGGCCUUUGCGCGGUGGUCUGCAUCUGCUGAUGCCCGGCUACAAGGAAAUGAAAACAUGAAAGCAGCCGUAAUGGGCCUAUUAGACGCGCUGCAGUUGAACCUUCGUCAGACGAUCAAGGCGUACAAGGAUCCGGCACUCGCACAAUCUAUAUUAGAUCAACAGGCGCAGCAUAACGCCAAUCACUUGGAGAAAGUGCUGUCUUCUGGGGAGCUCAGCGAUGACGAUGAAACGGAGGCGGAAGGAGGCAUCUCUCCCCAACCAAGCGGCCGAGACGAAGACGACAAUAUCGAUUCAAACCAUUCCGAUGCGAGUUCCACGACAGGAUCUCAGUUCCGGCCCGACCACGAAGUUGAGAACAUAUUGAUUCGACUUCACCAACUGCUUCUGACUAUCCGCAGUUCUCGCAGAUUCGACUGGCGUGAGCGAGCGAGCAGAUUUAUCUACCCAGGCUCGGAGGACUUCAGAAAGCAUAUGGAGUGGUAUAUCAACGAACGAUUCCGACGCGAGUAUCCAGAAGUGGCGGAAUUCAUCUGCACCCGCCUUUUGCUUGCAAACGUCAAGCGACGCAACCAGUUCGAAUACGCGAGAGAGCAUGCGUUGAGACUCGCCGAAGACAAGACGCGAUCUACCUCUGGCCGACAUGUCGCAAGCACGGCACCCGAAGGCGAAAAAGGUGACGACAUACAUAUGGAGGUGCCUUCCCACAAAGAUGAAUCCUCGCCACAACCAACUGCGCCAUCUGAAGUACCUUCAAGGUCUGUUCCGAGUACGCGCGCGACGGACUACGAUGAUGCCGUGCUUGAAAGAUCCGAGGUUGGAACAACUUCGAUUUCAAGCGGGAGGACAUUCAAGGAUGGACAGGUCACUUGGCCGCCGCCGCCAAAGCCACCCCACAUCAACCCUGCGUUACCGUUCUUCCCCUGCCCGUACUGUCGCCGUCCGCUGCCCGUGGAAUAUAGCACAGGCCGAGACUCCCGGAAGUGGAGGCAACACGUGAAGAAUGACAUUCAGCCGUAUGUCUGUCUAUUUGAAGAGUGCUCCACGCCUCUCAACCUCUAUUCCAGAAGUGCGGAUUGGGCCAACCACAUGCGUAACGCUCACGGCGAGAUGCGAUAUACCUGUUUCGCUCCAAAACAUGAACAAGAAUACGUUUGCUUCCGCACGCCAGAAAACUAUAAAACACACUUAGUGCAAGAUCACGCGAAGACAUAUGACGAAAGCGAGUUCCAAGACCUCCUCGCCCGCAGCAUGCGUCGAAUCCCACUUGACCCGGUCUUCUAUCAAUGUCCUAUCUGUCCAGGACCAGAAAAGCAUUCAGUUUUAGACAAGAGGAAGCAAACACAAAGCGUUUUCUCACUGCCAUACUCGCCAUCUAAGCGUACAAAAGUGGACGAGACGUUGACUUCGCAAAUGUCAGCAGUGAUAAUACCCAACAAAACGGCAAUCGAUGAGGACGUUGAGGACGGCGAAGAUGAAAACGGAGAUGGCGGCCACGGGGACGGGCAUUCAGAAGAGGCACACCUUCUACGCCAUAUCAUGGCACAUCUCCAGUAUAUUGCGUUGAUGACGCUUCCAUGGGCUGAAGAUCAAGGAUCGGCGCGAUCUUCAUCAGUGUCAGUGGGCCAGUCGCUGGGUCAUUCAAACGACAAUGUAGUUCCCGAAGAUCAUGAAGGUCCGGUGGAUGUUGAAGCUGAAGAGCAUCCCGACGACCCGACGUACUAUGGGGAAUCUGCUGCAACCUCAGAAUGGUCGUUCAUUACAGGCUACAAUGCUCCCCAGGAUAUUUGGCAACCAAACAUCCAAGGUUUCCACCGGGGAGACUAUUCAAUAGCUUGGAUUUGCUCCCGGUCGCUCGAUCUCCGCGUUGCCACUGCCGCACUGGAUACAAGGCACGACAAUUUCGCCAGACAUCGAUCCGAUCCGAAAAGCUAUGUGCUCGGUACAGUUGGUCGUUGGAACGUUGUGCUUGCCCACCAUGAUCUGGAAACAUCUCGGGGUCCUUUGAUUGUGGACCUGUGCUCUGGCUUUCCCAACAUCGGCCUCUUCUUGUCCACUGGGGUUUCCGCGGCUAGUCCGUGGCGUGACACUUCCCUCGGAGAUGUGAUCGUGGCAACAUUAAGCCCAGAACUCUCCCAAAAACCCUUUGAAUUUCUCGACAGGGAUUUUCUGGACAACGGGCCAUCUAUGAUCCGGGUUUUGCCAGCCGUACACUCUCUAGAACAAGUCGACUUACGGAGCGCCUUGUCUAGUUUUGAACAGGAGGAAUCCACAUUAGCAAGUUUUGCUAUCUAUCCUGGACGGGAGCGAGACAUUGUUUUUCGAGCUGGGUACAUGCAUGUAGGCAACCAUCUAAACUGUGACUUUUGCGACCCGAACCAGCAGAUACUUUUACCAAAACUUCAGGAACACUCGCCAAAAAUUCACGUUGGGGAAAUUAGAUUCGCGACACGGUCAAUGAUAGACAUCAGUGCGGAAAGCUCUGUGUCCCGUUCUUGGACAUCUUUCGUGGCCAUAGAUGGAAGUGCACACGACCUCUACACCACCCGUGAGGCACAGCCGUUAUUGGUCGUUCGUGGGGUGAGCGACUAUGCUGACUCUCACAAACCUGAGUUCUGGAAGAAUCAUGCUUCCACAGUUGCUGGUGCAUAUGCCAAGGCCCUUCUACUCGAAUCGAUCAAUAUCGAAAAGGAUACGCCUGCGUCGAAGAUGGCCACCUUGAAAUUAGGUUCGGGCAGGCCUUAA